UCCCUUUAAAUGUUUUUAUCUAAAGAAUUCCAUCAAUCUCUGUCCACUUUAAUUGCUGCUGUCGAAUAUCUGUUAUGCGAUGCCCUUUCUUUCUUUUUUUUUCACAUUCAUUUGCUUGGCCAGUAUCAGCUUUAUCUAGCAUUUUGGUCUUCAGGGAUUUGCUUAAUUUUGCUUAGUUUUCCUUGCCGAGUACUAUUCAUGAGGUAGGAAUGAGCUUUUUAUGGGUUUUGAUCUCCAUGGCGGGUACUUUCAGCUGAAUGCUUCUUUGAACAGUUAGCUCAAUUAAGUAGACGAUUCUGCUGGUUACUUGCUUAGGUGCUAAUGGGUUCGAUAGAUGGGUUGUCACUCAUUGAUCGAGCCAUCGUUUCCAACCUGUCCAGGCUUCAUGUGUAAUAAACUUGUAGGCCACCCACUUGCGUGGCUCAAUAGCGGGCAAGGCUCCAUGCAUCCAUAUUAUUAUGAUGCGACUGUACUGCAAUCACACUUUUACCAUUUCUGGACUGUUCUUGCUUCGUUGGACAUUUAAUACGCUUAUAGUUUUUAGUCCUGCAUCAUUUCUUCGUGCGGUUUGUUUUUUCUAAUGUGUUCAAUUUGGAAUAAAUGAAGUUCGACACGGAAGUUGUCCUUGCUUGUCUCAUCAGCUUCAUUUGGAUUCAGCAGAGUCUUUGUGAUAAAGUUUCGAAUACCUCUGUGAUUCAGAACUGGACAUGUAAAUGCUCUUUACCAUAUCAAGGAAACCAGAGCGAUACUAUUCAAUCUAACUGUGCAACAUCCUGUAAUUGCAGUCAGGAUGAUAGGAGCGCAACUAUAUGGACAUGCAUAUGUUCUGCUGAUAGACUUCCAAAAGUGGCGGCUGACAGUUAUAAUACUAACUGCUUUUCAGCCUGUAACUGCACAUCUGGAACACUCAGUGAGGCGCAAUCUUCAAAAAAGCAUAUAUCGAGUAAAGUUGUUGUGAUUAUUUUAUUACUAUGUGUCAUAGUCACAACUGUAGCAUUUCUCGCCUCGGUGGCAUGCUAUUAUCAUAGAAGAGAUAAGUGCCCUAUUCAACGGCCUUUAUUCUCAUCUGACAGAGAAACAAGUUGCAAUAGUGCUACCAAUUUAAUUAGCCAUAAGACUUGGUCACUGCCAGAAACCAAAAUUAUUAUAGAUUCCCCCAUUAAACAUAUAACAGGGUGCUUUCAGAGGAAUUCUUGCUUUUUUGGGGACAAAGCAGGAACAAUACAUGGAGCAAUUAUUCAAUUUUCAUACUCUGAGUUGCAGAAUGCAACUGAAAAAUUUUCAAAUCCUAAUCUUAUAGGAGUUGGGGGAAGUAGCUAUGUUUACCGUGGAGAGCUCAAAGAUAGAAGAAUUGUGGCAGUUAAACGACUAAAAAAUCAGAAUGGAACCGGUGCAGACGCUGUGUUUUUAACAGAGAUUGAGCUGUUAUCCAGACUUCAUCAUUGCCAUGUGGUGCCUUUGGUUGGCUACUGUUCAGAGUCCCAUAGAAAACCUGCUGAGAGGCUAUUGGUAUUUGAGUACAUGCCUAAUGGUAAUCUGAGAGAUUGCCUUGAUGGAGCCUUAGGGAAAAAGUUAGACUGGGGAACUCGAGUUGCAAUUGCAAUUGGAGCUGCAAGGGGCUUGGAAUAUCUACAUGAUGCAGCUGCUCCACGAAUUCUGCAUCGAGAUGUCAAAUCGACAAACAUUCUUCUGGAUGAAAAUUGGCGAGCGAAGAUAACUGAUCUUGGUAUGGCGAAACACUUGAAAGCUGAUGGUAUCUCCAGUUGUUCCAGUUCUCCAGCCAGGAUGCAGGGUACUUUUGGUUAUUUUGCACCAGAGUAUGCUAUCGUUGGUAGAGCCUCUAUUAAGUCAGAUGUUUUCAGCUUUGGGGUCGUUCUUCUUGAGCUCAUCACUGGUCGUCAACCCAUUCAUAAAUUAAGUGGGAAAGGAGAAGAAAGCCUUGUUAUAUGGGCUACUCCUCGCUUACAGGACAGUAGACGAGUAAUAACUGAACUGCCCGACCCACGUUUGAAUGGAAAAUUCCCAGAAGAUGAGAUGCAAAUUAUGGCUUACUUGGCAAAGGAAUGCCUGCUCCUAGAUCCUGAGGCUAGACCAACAAUGAGUGAAGUUGUUCAAAUACUUUCAACUAUUGCACCAGAGAGGUCUAGAAGGACAAAUAUCCCCGUAAAUUUUUAUCAGAGAUCACCUGCUUAUGGCAUAAAAGGUGAACACCACAUAGAAAAACCUGAUUUGAGUCCUCUUUCCAGCCAAGAAAUGCAUGUGGGGGUUCCAAAAGAUUCUGAGGAGCUAAGGCGAGUGCUGUCCAGGAAAUUGUCAGCUCGAUGUUCACUGCCACUAGAUAUUGAACGUACUUUGUGUGUUGAAAACAAUAAUGAAAACACUUUGUCAGCUGAGUAUGUGGAGAGAUUGAUCCUCUUGACUUUAAAAGCUAGGAGUGGGCGUGCCUCAGAUGAUGAAGCAGUAGAUAUAACUGAGCCUCGGUUUGAAGCAUUCUGCAUGGGAAAUGUGUAUUCCCCUGGUCAUACUACCCAACAAAAAUACGGGGCUUAGACAAAGCAAGUACUAGAAUAUCACGUCUUUUGUACAAGUUUGUUGCUGUUACUUUCUUUUUUAGAGUUUACUCGAAGAAAUUAUAAUAGAAGAAAGCGAGUCUCUGAGGAUUUGUUAAUUUUUUUUACUCAGUUUUUCUGUGAAAAGGAAAGAGAACUUCAUGGGCUGUAUGUUAGUUUUAGCAUAUAAAUCAUCUUGAAUGUAUUAGUUUUAGCAUGUAAAUCAUCUUGAAUGUAUUUGCGUCCUCGAUUGUUUAUAUAAAGAGGAUAGCUAUCAAAAUUCAAAUUCUUUUUUUUUUUUUUUUUUUCAUAAAAAAAAGGAAGAAAGAAAAAUAUGGAUUCGAUCAUAUGUUGUUUGUCUUGAGUUUUUCCAUAGAGUUAUAGCACUGAAAAAUUUGUUUCAAGAGUUGAUAUUUAUUUCCAGCCUUGAAUCGGUUCUUUUCCCAUACCAUACUUGAUAGAAAUGGUUGUGCACUAUAACUAUGUUCCCUUCUUAUACCAUUUGUCAAAGAGAGAGACACUCAGGCAGCUGUUUCCGACAUUCCAGAUGCAGUACUUUCCGUCAAUUUUCUUCCAUCAGAAAGUAAGGCUUAGUCUGAUCAUUUCCCUUCUCUGAAAUGAAACUUUGACUCUCUUACACACUCUUUCCAUACAUGUCUUUGAAAAUGCUAUGUGAUUAGCAAAAGUUUUGGUAAGUCUCAGCAGGUAGAUUAGUUGUCCAUAUGCAUAAUAUGAUCAUUUUUGCAGAGUUGACUUUAUUGAUGAGUUAGUUGGCCACCGAUUUUUGCAGUCUUUGGACUUCCUUUGAAUGGUAGAUGGAUAUAUGACUAGAGGAAAGGAUGGUGCACAAACAUCAGAUAUAUAAAAGCCAUUAAAACUUCCUUCAAGUUGCUCUAUGUCACAUAGUUUCACUUCCAAAUUAAUGGAUCCACCGCCACCACCACCACCACCAAGUGCACCGCUGCUAGACCCAGCUCCUCCCCCUGACGAUGGAUUGGCAUCAUGUUUCUGGUUUCUUUGCUGCUGUGGUAUAUUUAGAAGCUGCUGUCCUCCACUCUUUGAACCUGGGCCUCCCCCUCCCUAAUGCUGCAUAUACGUUAUAAAUUUACCCCAAUUUCUUUGAGUAGCUUUCCAUAGAAGAGAUCAUUUAAAAAAUAAUAAUAAUAACAAAAGGAAAAAAAAAAACACUACGUAAUUUUGACUUUUUUGCUUUCUGAUUUUUGGCCUUUGAUGCUUCCUCAUUUGUGGGUAUCCUUCAAAAUUUGUGUAUUUUUAUUAGACCGGUAAGGUUGGAGUUGAAGAUAUAUUGUAAAAACACAUUGUUCAAUUCUUCAUCCGCUUCUUUCA